GACACCAGAGCAGCACCCAGAGGAAGAGGAUCAGCCAGACAGACGGGCGCACCACAUCCUCCCUACCGCAGUCAGGGGGCCGAGCAGCUAAACAGGGGCUGUCCUUUCCCUCGUACGCACCAGUUUGGACAGAGAAUUUAAGAAGAGAAAUGGACUUCAUCCUGCCACCCUCUAUGUCAACUUCUGCUAUCCAGUGGGAGAAGUUUUUGCCGCCUCUUAUUCCUCGGCUGAGUGGAACUUAUGGAAACUAUAACUGGUCCCCAACAUUACUGAUCCCAGAGACUGAUAAUGGCAGCUCUGUAGAGGUAAACUGUGAUGACAGUGGAUUUACAGUUCAAGUUGACGUGAGGCACUUCAGCCCAAAGGAUCUAAUGGUCAAAGUGAUUGGAGACUUUGUAGAAGUACAAGGAAAGCAUGAAGAAAAAAAGAAGAGUGGCCCUGGCGUCACAACGAGGCAGUUUAACCGCCGCUACCGGAUCCCGAAGGGAGUGGACACCAUGGCUUUGGAGUCUGCAGUCUCUCCAGACGGCAUCCUUAUCAUAUCUGCACCAAUGCUGCCGAGUGAGAACGACACAUCCCUGACUUAAAUCGCUUUAAUACCAAACACUGAAAUACUCCUCCAUCUUCUCCAUAUAUGAAAAUAAAUGAACAGAAGCCUUUACGAACACACAGACAAAAACAGCAAUAACUCCAGGCCCCUCCGCUCACAGAAACACUCGGCGCGUGCCAAAACACACAUUUGUUUUGUUCCUGGCACAGCUCUAAUAUUCCCUGCUCUCUAAAGGUUUGUAUAUACUGCUCUGCUGUUGCUCCUCGAUCUUACAUAAUGUUUCAAGAAACCACUCUGUAAAUAUUCUGUGUUCACAUUUCAAACUGCUGCUCUUGUUUUUUUCUUCUUUGGUUUGUUUUGUGCAGCUUUUGUAAAUGCACUGUAUUGUGAUUGUGAAACAAAAUAAUGCACCCAGAUGUAUCUCCAAUGUGGAAAUAUACAAAUAAGCUUUAUUUCUUUACAAAAUAAUAAUAAAAAAAAAUUGUGACUACA